UUUUUUGCCUAUAUAAAUCCAAAUUAUGUUUGCCCCAAGAUCAAGUUUAUGGGUAAAAGUAGUGGACUGAUUCAAGCAGAGUCGAUGAAACAUAGACGUUGGAAUACAAAAUUCUAGAAUGACAAAGACAAAUCUUUGUUGCUGAUUUCGAAUAAUUUGCGUUGACAUUAAUCGAAGCAACAUCAAACCAAUUCAAUUCUCUUUUCCUUCUAGCCUGCCUCAUAAACGCUCGCCGCGACGUCGUAUUACGAGACUUUAAUCGAAGCAUCCUCCUUCUAUUACGCGCUUUUGCAAUUCUUUGCCCGCUCUUCUCCCUCUCUCUCUCUCUGUUUCCUUUCUACUGUAAAACAGCGAUAGAAAUGGAGACAAUCACGAAACUUUAGAUUCUUCACUCUCGCAAUUCAUCUCACACUAAAGCAGAAAAAAAAGGAAAUAUCAGUCAUCGUUAAGUCUCUUGGAUCCGGUUCCACCUACCAUACGGACACCUCUCCUCCGUUGAAAACUUCAUAGAUCUUCCCCCUUUGUCCAUCUUUGGGAUCAAAGAAAGUCUUCAAAGAUUUGAUCUUUUUUAUAUAGAAAGCAAAAAUUUUCAAGAUUAGAAAGGAAAGCAGAGUCUUUUGUAAAUGGCGCCAACCACGAUCCGUAAAGCGAUUGGGGCAGUGAAGGAUCAAACGAGUAUAAGCAUAGCCAAAGUGGCAGGAAACAUGGCGCCGGAACUUGAAGUUUUGGUAGUGAAAGCCACGAGCCACGAUGAAGAUCCGGCUGAUGAGAAGUAUUUUAGGGAGAUCGUAAGCCUUACAUCUUAUUCUAGAGGUUAUGUUGAUGCUUGUAUUGCUACGGUGUCCAAAAGGUUGAGUAAAACCCAUGAUUGGAUUGUUGCACUUAAGUCGUUGAUGCUUGUUCAUAGGCUUUUGGUUGAUGGAAACCCUUGUUUUGAAGAGGAGUUUGUGCAUGCAACUAGGAGAGGGAUGAGGGUUUUGAAUAUGAUGGGUUUUAAGGAUGAGGCGCAUUCCAAUUCAUGGGAUCAUGCCGGUUUUGUUAGGUUUUAUGCUAUGUAUCUUGACGAGAAGGUGGAAUUUUCUGUGUUUGAGAAGAAGGGGAGAGGUGGGGAGGGGAAGUUUGAGGAGAGAGAUGAGAGGAAUAGGCGCGUGUAUGGAGAGUUCAGAGAUGAUUAUGAUCAUGGAAUGGGUAGGAGAUCAAGGUCUUAUGGUGAUUUGAAUGAUUCUGUCAGGGGAGAGCAGAGAGAGCAGAGGAGAGAGGGGACACCAAUGAGGGAAAUGAGGCCGGAGAGAGUUUUAGGGUGGCUGAAUCAGUCGUUGAGGAUUCUUAAUAGAGUGUUGGCUUGUAGGCCAACUGGUAUGGCCAAAAGUAGCAGGUUGGUACUUGUUGCACUUUAUCAGAUUUUGAAGGAGAGUUUUGGGCUUUAUGUAGAGAUAUGCGAAGCAUUAAGGAUUUUGUUGGAUAGGUUUACUGAGAUGGAUUAUGCAGAUUGUGUUAAGGUUUUUGAUGCUUAUGUUAGUGCAGCAAAGAUGAUCGACGAACUUGUGGGGUUUUAUGGCUGGUGUAAGGACACGGGAAUUGCUAGGUCAUCUGAGUUUCCUGAAGUGCAGAGAAUUACUGAUAAGCUUUUGGCGACACUAGAAGGAUUUUUGAAGGAAAUGGCCAACCGGCCGAAGAGUCCAGAGAGAAUUAGGGAAGAGAAACCACCAGUUCAGGAGGGGACAGAAGCAAAUAUGAAUGAAGUAAAGGCUCUUCCUGCACCAGAGAAUUAUACCCCACCUCCUCCACCACCUGAAACUGAACAACCUAAGACACAGCCACAGCAGGUGACUGAGGAUCUGGUGAAUCUAAAGGAUGAUGCGGUUUCAGCUGAUGAGCAAGGGAACAAAUUGGCUUUGGCUUUAUUCUCUGGACCACCUUCCUCAAAUGCUAAUGGUUCGUGGGAGGCAUUUCCUUCAAAUGGAGAGCCAGAGGUGACUUCUGCAUGGCAAACACCAGCUGCUGAGACUGGUAAAGCAGAUUGGGAAUUGGCAUUGGUUGAGUCAGCUAGUAAUUUAUCAAAGCAGAAAGCAACUUUGGCAGGUGGUUUUGAUCCAUUGCUAUUGAAUGGAAUGUAUGAUCAGGGGGCAGUGAGUCAGCAUGUGAGCACUACUCAGCUUAGCGGUGGGAGUGCAAGUAGCGUUGCUUUGCCUGGCCCGGGCAAGACUACUACUCAAGUGCUAGCUUUGCCUGCCCCAGAUGGGACAGUACAACCAGUGGGACAGCAGGAUCCUUUUGCUGCAUCCCUUGCAGUGCUACCUCCUUCAUAUGUGCAGAUAGCAGACAUGGAGCGCAAGCAGCAUUUACUUGUACAGGAACUGCAGCUAUGGCAUCAAUAUGCAAGGGAUGGAAUGCAAGGCCAAGCGAGUCUUUCCAAGAUCACUGCUAGUUCUGGCUAUUAUGCUCCUGUUGCACAACCAGUGACGAUGCCUUAUGGGAUGCCACAAGUCAAUGGCAUGCAGCAGCCAGGAGGGUACUACUAUCCACCCUACUGAAUCCACUUGUUUAUCAAUCGAUAUUUCAUCCCAUGGUUCACAUUAUUACUAUCACAUCAAGCUUCUUAGCUAUCCACCUAUUUGGAAUAUUUUCUUUCCAUCCUCUAGGUUUCCUGCAUUUGUUUUGUUUACAUAUACUUGCCAUUUAUUUGCAUCAGAGGGUGCAAUGAACAUAUAAGUUUGGAUAAACUAUGAAGUACAAGUAUGUGAUGGAUAGUUGUCAUAA